AUCAAUGUGCAAAUAUGGCGGACGUUGAGGGAAGUUUAGACGGUGGUACGGGGAUAUUGUGCGACAAAUUACCAGUUUCAGUUGUUUUUCUGUAAACGACAAUAACAAAUGACUUUCAUAUCUGCUGGAGUAUUUCUUCAACUUUGAUUUAAUCGAUGUUACUCUCCCCGUGAAGAGAAACAACACAUUCAGUCAACUUUCUGAUGCCUGUAAACAGACUGCAUUCUGCUCGUCUAAAUCAGACUGACAGCACAUUGAAACUCUUCAGCUCUUGUAUUUAUUUUAUUUUACAACUUUCGACGAGUUUAACAUUUUCACAUUUAUUUCACGGCUUACUUUUAGUCAUUAUAACAUGACCUUUAAUGAAUAGCUCAGCAGUAACAGGUGGAUAUUGACAAUCCACUAUUUCAUUAUAGAUGUUUACUCUGACGUUUGCACUAAAAUGUCUCGAGAAACUAUUUAUUACCUCAAAUCCACACCGCUAAAUGUUGUUCUUACAUCCUUUUUGUUGAACGGUUAUGCUGCGAAUAUUUUUUUCCUGUUGUGACGUAUAACUUACUUCACUCGCGACGCUAAUUUUUGAGCUGUUGUGUGAGUUUUAACUCGGCAACGAUGUGCAAGCUGCUCAAGUAUUGCUUGAGCCACUUCCUUUACGCUGCAAUGACCCGGCUGGACGAAGCCAAUAAAGGGGUCAACACAUGGUCCUCCAUCCGUUACCUCGGUUACCUGUCCAGCCUGAACUCCCUGGUGGCCAUUUGCCUGGGGAUUUACGUACAAUGGGAGAAAACUGCCGACACUAUUAUCUUGGUCAUUUUUAUUUUGGGCCUCUUUGUUCUUGGGAUUGCCUGCAUUCUCCACUAUUAUUUCGGCAUGGAGAGAGUCAGCCUCUUUCUGUUGCAUCUGUGGUUUGGUUUCCUUCUGGGUUUGCUGUGCUUCAUCAGUGUCCCGUCCAAAGGGCUCGAUGUCAAGGAACAAGUGGCCAACUGGAUGUUAAUAGCAAGCGUGGUUAUACGAAUCUUUUGGGCUUUGGUUGAAAGAAUGUGCGGUUAUACUCGACAUCAACCUGCUUUUCUCACCUCAAGGGAAGCUCUGGAGCUCACAGGCUUCGCUGUGGCCAGCACGACCCUGGUCGGCAACAAAUCCAUAAGCCUUGUAGUCCUGACACUCGCUUUGGCCGCUGUAAUUGUGGACUUGCGCAUGAAGUCCUUCUUGGCCUUUCUAAACUUGACCUGCUUCUGUGGGAUGGCUGCAUUCUUCUUCGAGGAGUCUUUAGGAAUUUUCACCAAUCCCUUCGCCUUGUCUUGCUUCUUUACCCGCCUCGUCUGCGAUCCAUUCCUGGAUGUCUACUUCAGCGGGCUUUCGGUCACCGAACGUUGGUCCCCGCUCCUAUCGAGAAGAGGCCUGUGGAGACGCUUAACACUUCUUCCUCUGGUUGUCGUGGAGGUGAUGUUUCUGGUCGUGGCUGCUCUGAAGAUGAGAGACCUGGAUCGGUGGUACCUGCUCAUCCCGGGUCUCUCAGCAUCCACUAUUUUCUGGAUCAUCUGCCACCUGGUUUUCCUCGUCACGCUGUGGGGUUUUCACAGUAAGCUGAGUGACUGUCAGAGGAUGUGCAUGGCGCAGGGGUCAGAGGCUGGAGAACUGGACAAGGUCAUGGCGUCUAAGGGGAUGCGACACUUCUGCCUAAUCUCCAAACGCCUGGUGUUCUUCAGCCUGAUGUCCACUGUCGUACUAGGGGCUCUGGGUUGGCAGCCGUCCAACAGUCUGUUUAUUGCCUUGUUUCUGCUGGUCCUGCCUCUUGAAUCACUAGCCCACGGCCUCUUCUAUGAGCUGGGAAACAGUCUUGGCGGAACCUGUGUCGGUUAUGCUGUGGUGAUUCCUACCAACUAUUGCAGCCCAGAUGGUCAGCCCACCCUCCUGCCCCCAGCGCAUGUGCAGGAGCUCAACUUGCGAUCCACAGGGAUGCUUAACAACGUGCAACGCUUCUUCUCUCAUCACAUGAUCAAGCCCUAUGGUUGUGAUUACUCCACGAGCGGCUUGAGUCUGGAAGCCCUGCAAGCCAAGCUCCGCAUAUUCAUGGAGGCGCACACAGCUGACGGCCCACGACACGACACCUACGUGCUCUAUUAUAGUGGACACACCCACCGCAGUGGAGAGUGGGCUCUAGCAGGUGGCGAAGUUUUACGUCUAGAUGAGAUUGUGCAGCUCUGGCGAGAGAAGAACGCCGGAUUCUGUUCCCGCCUCAUCAUUAUUCUCGACACCGACAACUCACUCCCCUGGGUGAAGGAGGUGCAAAAAAUCGAGGGACUUUAUGUUGCGGUUCAAGGGGCAGUGCUCUCUUGUCCCACAGACCUGGAAGUCCAGGACAUGCCUCAGCUCGGGGACUUCACCUGUCAGUGGGUCGAUUUUAACUGCAACCCUGACAGCAUUGUUCGUUGGUCCGAUCGUGGGCGGUCUGUCCGAGCUGCCUACGGCAUCUCCAGACUCUGGAGUGACUACAAGCUUCACCUGCCCACUGAAAGCGAUGUAACCAGGCACUGGAGACUCUACUUCCCACGCUUGACUUACCCUGUGGUUCAGCUCGCACACUGGUGCGGCGGGUUGAACCUCUUUUGGUUUUGCGGCUAUUGUGUUCGACUUCUCCGAAGGAUCAAACUCACAUGGUUCCCACCUGCGGUGCUAGAUACGGGACAGGGUUUCAAGCUGGUUAAAUCGUAGAACAGGACUGAGAGUGUGACGGUACUGUAAGCAGCUGGGCAUGGUUAGGUGAUGCUCUCCUACGGCAGCUUUAAGUUGUAUGGACCAGCGCAGAAAUUUAUAAAAUCUCAGGUGUGAAAAGACUCCAUGUGUGUUUGUGAUGUAAGAAUAGCUAAAAACUGGCCAACUUAACUCAACAAAAAUGUCAUUUUGGUUUCUAAACAAAUUCAUCAGUCUGCAAGGGUCAUAAGAUCACCUCAUAAUCAAAAGAUAUUAUAUUUUGCAUAAAGAAAUAAUCUUUUUAAUUAAAAGUAUUAUUUAAUGACAAUUAAGUACAUUUCUCGUUAUUACCGUACUGAAAACAUGUAAUUAUUGUAAUAAGAAAAAUUAUUAAAUAAAAUCUUACUAUAAAAAUCCAUCAUUACUAUAAUGUGAAAAAUGUAUUUGAUUUAAAAAAAAAUUGUUUAUUACAGUACCAAAAAAAAAAAAUUGUCAAAUGUCACUGUCAUAAAUAAUGCAAUUUUUUUUUAAAUGUAAAAUUUAUUUAAAAUAAUUAAUAUAUAUUAAUAAAAUUGUUAAACAAAAAUUAUUACAGGAAAAAAUGCAGUAAGAAUUAUUACAAAUUUCUAUCCUUAAUUUUCAUAAAAAAAUAAUUUAAAAAUGAAUGAUUCUUAAAUAAGCUUUAUUUUCUUUUUGCAAAAUUAAAAUUUCCUUUUGUUAAUGGGGUUAAGUUUGACCUGGAGAUGUUUUUAAUGAGAUCUACAUAUUCAUAUAUAUAUGCAAUGCGUUACUGAUGGGCUAAACAGCUUUACACUUACUAACCAUUUCAGCUGUUACAGCUUUACGCUUAUUGUAUUUUUUUUAACUUCCACUGCCAUUUUAUCAUUUCUCAUUAUAACUUGUUUUCAUGCCUAUUAGCUUUAUAAAAGUGUAGCAGCACUGAACAGUUGAAUGCAGUGUUUGUAAAGCGUUAGUACACAGAUCCAGCAGCACAGUGUGGAGUGCCUCUUCUUAACUGCACUAGACAAAGCACAGCCUUAUAUUUGGCAUCUAUACAAGGGACGUAGUGUGCAUCUAACACUAUAACCCACACAUUCAGUCUGUCUAUUGGAGAAGUGUAUGUGUAUUUGUUUUAUUUGUUUAUACAAAACACGGUUUUCUACUGCCCUUUAUAAAUUGGUAAAUUUAUAUUAUUUUGUAUACUUUGGUUGGUCUCAUUUAGUUAAUUAUAUUUUAGUCAUUUGACUAAUAUUGCGUGUUGCUAGCACUUAUAGCGGUUCUAAUCAUGGAAGAUUUGGUUGAGUGUUUAUACUAGUCCAAGUAACAUGUUCUGAAGUGCCUUGUGUAAGAUUAGUCCCCACCAAAAGAGUGAAAUAUGCAAUAUUUAUUGAUUGAUUUAAGACUUAACGAAACCUGCGAAUGACUUCAACAAAGAAUGAACGAGAAGCUGGGAUGAUUUCAAUGAUUGUUUGCGUGUAUGAAAUCAGACGACAUGAGAAUGGGUUUGAUAUGAAUAAAAGAGCUGCUCUUUUACUGCAA